AUGAAUCAAAGGAAGCUUGCAAUGGAGUUAAUUGCUGAACUUCGAUUAUCAUGUUCAAAACCAGUGACCACACCAAUGGAAUGCAAACAGAGAUUCACCACUGUGGAGUACGAUCAACAUAUGAACUGGAAAGAAGAUGAGAAGCUGGAAGACUCGGGACCAUAUAAGAGUUCAAGUACUAAGUCAGUUCAUGCAUGGUCCAAAGAAUCUCACAUGGAAGCUGCAGUCAGGGUUGUUAGAUAUAUUAAAAAUGCUCCAAGACUGGGGUUUCUAAUGAGCUCUAAACAGUCCACAAAGCUCACAGCCUUUUGUGAUGCUGAUUGGGCAUCAUGCCUAGUUUCCAGAAGGUCAGUAAAAGGAUAUGUGAUGAAAUUGGGAGAUUCAUUAGUGUCAUGGAAAUCCAAGAAGCAAUGCACAAUCUCGAGGAGCUCAACAGAGGCAGAAUACAGGAUCAUGGCAGCAGGAGUUGCAUAA